GGGAGGUCUGGUUUAAGGCAGCACUGAGUAAUCUCAUUUUUCACACGUCUCCUGUAGUCACUACCAGCCCUGUCAGAGGAAAGGAGUUGCUUCCUGUUAUUUCCGUUGAAAUAGCUGUCCCGGCCAUUAGCAGGCAGGCUUUGCAGGAUGGCACUUUGCAGACAGACCGGCUCUGGCAGGCUCUGCCCCGCGCUCCUGCUGUUGCUGCUCUGGGAGGCUCUCGGGAGCGGGCUCCAUCCCGCAGGCACCGCCACGCCGGGAGCCAACGAGUCUCUGGCUGAGCGCCAGAACUUGACAGUGACUGAGUCUGAGGAUCUGCUCCUCAACGUGACCGCGGAUGAGUUGUACAAUCUGAAAGCCUUCAUUUGCUGGGCCAAUUUCAGUCACUGGAUGAUGAACGUGACCAGGGUGCAGCUGUGUGAAUGGAGAGUCAUCAGCAG